AUGAACGGCACCACCGCAUCGAAUAAGAAAGUCGCCUACUUCUAUGAUUCCGAUGUAGGAAAUUACGCAUACGUCGCAGGGCAUCCUAUGAAGCCACAUCGAAUAAGGAUGGCCCACAGCUUGAUCAUGAACUAUGGUCUGUAUAGCAAAAUGGAAAUCUACCGCGCCAAACCAGCUUCCAAGUACGAGAUGACGCAAUUUCACACAGACGAAUACAUCGAUUUCCUCUACAAAGUGACUCCCGAUAACAUGGACAGCUUUGCAAAAGAGCAAAGCAAGUACAAUGUUGGUGACGACUGUCCCGUGUUCGACGGUCUGUUCGAAUUCUGCGGCAUCAGCGCCGGUGGAACAAUGGAAGGUGCUGCGCGCUUGAACCGUGGAAAGUGUGACGUUGCCGUCAACUGGGCUGGCGGUUUGCAUCACGCAAAGAAGAGCGAAGCUAGUGGUUUCUGCUACGUCAAUGAUAUUGUUCUUGGUAUCAUCGAGCUUCUUAGGUAUAAGCAACGUGUGUUGUACAUCGACAUUGACGUCCAUCAUGGCGACGGCGUGGAGGAAGCAUUCUACACAACCGAUCGAGUGAUGACAGUGUCAUUCCACAAGUACGGAGAGUACUUCCCAGGCACAGGCGAGCUUCGCGACAUUGGUGUUGGCACGGGUAAGAAUUACUCGGUCAAUUUCCCUCUGCGCGAUGGCAUCACAGACGAGACAUACAAGAACAUCUUCGAGCCUGUCAUCGAUGCCGUGAUGACGUACUACGGUCCCGAAGCUAUUGUCCUACAGUGUGGUGGAGAUUCUUUGUCUGGAGAUAGGCUAGGCUGCUUCAACCUCAGCAUGAAAGGCCACGCCAAUUGCGUGCAGUUCGUGAAGAGCUUUGGUGUUCCGGUCAUUGUUCUCGGAGGUGGUGGCUACACCAUGCGAAAUGUCGCCCGCACAUGGGCUUACGAGACCGGUUGCCUCGUUAAUCAGCAGAUGUCGCCUCAACUUCCUUUCAACGACUAUUACGAGUACUUCGCCCCCGACUACGAACUGAACGUGCGCCCCUCCAAUAUGGAGAACGCCAACUCGCAUGACUAUCUACACAAGAUCAAGUCCACUGUCAUAGAGAACAUCCGACGCACUGGAAAACCUUCCGUGGAGGCUUUCACGAAUAUCCCGGCCGAGUCGCUGAACCGUGGCAUGGACUCGGACGAUGAAGAUGAAAUGGAUGACCUGGACGCCGAUGCGAACCCAGAUAAGCGUGUGACCCAACGUCAACGCGAUCAACAGAUCGACAACGAGGCCGAGUUCGAAGAUGCUAGCGAGGAUGAAGAGUACAAGGAAAGUCUCGGAGUGCGCAGACAGCCCGGGCAAAAGCGGAGGCGCAACAUCAUGGAUUUCCAAAAUCCCGAUGCCCUCCCUGACGAUGGCGAAAGCACACCCAAUGGCGCCCGUGCCCUCAAUGGCGAGAGUGCUCGAACCACCCAGCAGCCAAGUCCUGCCCCGCCUCAACAAUCAGCGAGCCGUGCGUCCUCCAAAGGUGCAACUGGAGCAGCAACAUCGGAGAAGCCGACGCCCGUUGCAGGCGCUGAUGAAGACGGCGACAUCGAUAUGGAUGCCGCCGACAAUGAUGAAGCCGCGGAGGCUGUUGAGAAAGAAGAGACCGCACCCGAGAAAGAGGCUGAACCCGCCGCAGUAGAAGCAACGACAGAAGCCGCUCCACAAGAUGCUCCUACAUCGCGCUCACGAUCACCUGCAGGAGUUGUCACCCCACCCGAGUCUCCAGCGCCCGCGGUAGCUACCGAGACAGCCGAAGCAGAGGCUACUGCAGAAGGCGAUGUUGAGAUGAAGGACGACGAGACUAAGGCCGAAGAGAUUCAGGAAAAGAAGGACGAGGGGCUUAAGGAACGGACCGAGGAAGAUGAACGUGCUGAAGCCCAGACGGAGGCCGCUCAGAAGGCUGAAGCGGAGCCCGAGAAAUGA